AUGCUCCACUCUAGCUUGACCGAGUCGGACAUAUACAAGGUCAUCGAGUCUCUCGGCAUUUCCACACAGCACAAGUGCCUCGCAGUUCGUGGCGGUCAGCAAUCGUCCAGCGCGAGCAAGCCAAGGUUGCUGCUCGGCGCCGCAAACGAGAUUGAACUGCACCUGACGCCUGAUCCUACGCUCUUUCACAUCACCGUCAUUUCGCCGCCCGGUUUCGAACGCUGUGGACGCCCUUCGAGCUUUGUACUCCCGGCAACGCCCAAAACCGAGGUCUUUACGCUGCGAUGGGCCUUGACGCGCUUGACGGGCAUUGACGAAUGCAAUUUGGUCUUGCUGCCGAUGCACGAGCUGGGGUUCGAUUCGACGCGGCCAUUGGAUCCUUCAGCCACUCUGGGCGAUCAGGGUAUCACCACCGAUUGUCCCGUUGGCCUGGCCCUUAAGCGAAGCUCGGGCAAGCACAACACCAAAGAAGAGGAAAGCGGAUCAAGAGUUACCAUUGCGGUGCAGAUAGGUCCUCGGCGCACCUAUCUGCUGCGCGUCCAACUCGACGCCAAGGUUUCGACAAAUCGUCGCACUGCCUAUCGCCGCUGGCAGCUCAAUGGCGUCACUCUCGAUGACAACAACACUUGGCGCGACUAUAGCGUUGUCGAAGGCACCUGGUGCCGCCUCGUGUCGCUACCUCGCUCAUUCCAGCUCUUUGUCAAGGGCCUUACGGGCAAGACGAUUACGAUCGAGUGCGGCACGUCGAUGCUUGUCGGCGAGCUCAAACAAAAGAUAUGCUACAAGGAAGUACAAACGGCUGGCACGCGCAAAGAGCCUAAAGAAAAGAGAGAGAGAGAGAGAGAAUGA